CACAUGCUCCAUAAUACUAACGGCAAGGCUUACUUAUGCUGGCUGAACAAUGCGACAUUGCACAAGAAAUUGUCCCUGUGUUUCAACAUAGACGGAUAUUUCGUCGAUACAAAAAUCUUCUCAAAUUUCAAAUUCGACGUCUAAAGAAUCAAACGCCUCGGAAGUCAACAAGCGAGUGGAGAACAUUUUUUCCAAAUACGAAUGUCCAGCUGGUGUUCAUUGCAUCUGGUAUUUUGGAGAUUGUGGGUACAUUGAACAUCAUUAUGGAAGGUUUAGAUGAGGCUCAGAAAGCGUCCUUAUUGAACGAGAUCGAACGGAAGCUGGGGAAGAUCUCGGACAACCUUCAGCAACAAGACAUCUCCAUGCUCCCGAACCUUGACUGUAAGGUGGCACUAUUGGAGACUGAACAGAAAGAGUUCCUUCACCUUCUGUCUGCAAUCCCACUGGACUUGGAAACCAAAGCGACCGUCGACGCAUUGAGACAGAAAAUGGACGAUAUUGUUACCACAAGCCGAGAGAGCGGAAGUAUCGAGGGGAGUUAACUCUUGUCAGCCAGAUGAAAGAGUUACUGUCCUUGCUCCAGCUGAUAACAGUCAACCUGUCGGAGUCGUACAUGAAUAACAGUGAAUGCCUCCCCUUCCUCCCCGAGGGCGAUGACGCACUGUGGCGACGUCUCGUAGCGGUGCCCGACGACCCCAGCAACGACGAGAUGUCCCUGAAGCAGAUUCACGACGAGCUGAUGGUGGGAGUCUCAAGCAGCGAAGGCAUCACCUCCAGUGAAGUUGGGGAAGACGCGAACACAGAAGAUGUGAAAACUGGGCGACAGCGAUCUCGAAACCGACAGAAGAGAAAGAGCAGGAGGAAUGUGUCAAGUGUGGACAAUCAGCCCACGGCCCCUUGUCAGGACGACCAGAUACUGCCUGAAAUCAAUGACUCGAGAUCCAACCUAGGCUCCGCUCAGCCACUCGAUCUGUCCGUAACCAGCUGCAGAAGCAGGUCCAAGGAGGAGGACCCAGAACUGACGCCAGUUCCUCAGCCUCAGUACCCCAGGAGGCCUCGCGCUGACUCCCCUAUGCCGCGUGGGGGAACCUUUGGGACAGGUCUGGACCAUGGCUACUCCUAUGCUGUUGCCUACUCGCCAACAAAAAGAAGUUCUACAUCUGCAACAGACGCUUCAGCAUGUGAUGUGUCUAGGACGGAGGAUGUGCCUGCAAGGAAGGAGUAUUCCCAGGCAUCAGUGAGGAACCAUGCUUAUAUUGGCUUACCCGCUGGAAGCCAUAUCCGGGUCACCUCGUCAACUGACACGGAAGGGUGUGUGCAUCCGUCCUUCCAAACUGAGGAGUCAGAGCUUGGUACUGACGUCCCUCCAGUCCAGUGUUUGUUCCCGGCGUAUGCCAAGCCGGCUCAUGACCAUGGGGUCAAUAUGUCGCAAGAGGCUGACUCAGCAAUUGUACCAGACUUCAGCCAAUCGAUUGCCAGCGAUAUUUCACACCAAAGGAGCCAUUACACCUCUCCCGCUGACAACUCUGGAUAUGCUUCUCCAGACUCGAUGAACGAUCGUAGCCUCUCGAAUGUUUUUGAGGGCAUCCACAUCUCACCGUCUGACAAGUCCGUGCACAGUUUCACGUCCACCUUCUCCGACAACUACUCCCACCUCGGCAGAGACACGACACGGGUGUACAAACACGGGUACAGGGGCAUCGCCCCGGGGCGUAAUGUCCAUAACACCUCUGACCAGAUCGUCAGUGGGGAUCUCGAUGAACAGUCCUUCCUGACCAGGUCGUUCAUGCUGGACGAUAUACCAAACCUGCAAUCAGAGCCAUCGUUCCUGAGCUUUGCCUCCCAUGAUGACACAAGCAGAUGUUCUGAACAUCUGGGCAGAGAGUUUGGAGAUGAGAGGUUAAAGGAAGUGGUCUUUGAAUCUCCACCUAAACAAUCUACACCUCGAGGUGCUGAUGUCGAAACUGUUGGACAUUUAGGCAGGAAGGGUUCAAUGGUGAAAGGACGCAAACCCUCGACAGGUUCAAAGAGUAAGGAAGUGGAACUGGACGUUAUCGCAGCGCCCGAGAUAUCCGUGACGAACAUAUUGAUCCUGACAUUCGUGAUACUGUUUGUGGUAGGGGUCUGCCUUCACUUGAAAGCAACAGGGCUGACUGCUCUCCUUGAGUAUUACUCGUGGUGGGAGAUCCUCUACAAGAAUAUUGAUGUGACCAAAAUGGGCGACACUUUAUUCUGAAGGAGGAUAGUCACAAGAAUGAACUCGAUCACGGCUUCUUUUAAUCUAUCAGAACGUUUGUACCAUGAUCUUCAUAAUCACGAAAUGUACAACUGGGCUUUUUGUCAAACGAUGCGAUCUUAGUCAUGCGACUUUUAAAAAUGAAUUACAUGAAUAAUCAGAAUAAUCUUUGAGCCCAGAUCUUACACGCAAUCAUUACUCUAUCAUGUAGAACCAAAUACGCUGGAAAAGCCGCGAGUUCUUAUAGAGGUCAACUUUACAAAUAUUGCUUUGUAUAGACUUAAAACUAAUAAAACGAAAAUGGGUGUU